GGCGCAUAACCCCUCGGAUUGUCGGAUUGUCGGUAGUAGUGCAUGGAUGUGUAAAUUGCAUCAAGGCAUCAAGACAUCAAGACAUUUCCAGCGAGAUUCUGGUUCCUGAAUGGCCAUGACAACCGAGCCGGUCCAGCCGGCAAAUCACCGGCUCCGUAUGCAUUGCUGGCCUGAGGCGGUAAGGCGGCAAGGCGGCCACGGGAACGGUUCCAACUUCCAAGGAGGUUCGACUUGCUUCUUCCCCGGAUUUUCCUGCCGGCAUGGCUUGUUUCAUCAGUCAGCAUUUCUUCCUUUCUUGCCUGUCUCUUCUGAGGAAAUAAUCUUUCCUUCCCCUCUUUUCCCCGCUGCGAAGCAUGACGUCCCCAACCAAACUUCACCUUCCUCUGGCCUUCCGGAUCUUUACUCCGUAGCGAGGUCAUUCUCCAGCCCUCGGCUGAUGCUGGAUCACAUUUUCUCCAGGUGCUGGAAACGCCGACUACGCCGAUUUGUGGAGUCAAUGCCAGCACCUGAUCAUUACAAUUCCCGGACUCCCCGCGGACAAGGUCAUGAACCACAAUUGCCGUCCCUUGAAUCUGGGGUCAGAGUGCUACGUGUUGAGAUCCAAUUUUGGUCCUCAAGUACGCGAGAGGCAAGAACAUGAUGACUCACGGGACCAACCCUUCUGCCAGUGGCCAAUUUGUCAAGCCCUUCCCCCAGCUGAGGUGCAACAAUCAUCCAAGGAACAACCUCCGGGGCCCCGGACUAUCUCCUCUGUUGCCCUGAUGAUCAUGAACAAUCCUAGCCAAUUGAGACUCCAUUCACCGUUUUUCGA